AUGGACAGCGCAAGAGGUAUCUCUCCAUUGUUUCCUUCGACAGGAAUUCUCCAGAGCCUGAUCAUGGGCUUGCACGAGGGUUUAAACGCAGAAUUGAACUCGCAAACCUCCUCCGUCUCUCCACCUCCAGCUCCUUGUAGUCGCAGCCGUCCUCCGAGUCCUGAGCCGGGCCUAAGUUUUCUUAAUACGGAGUCUCCCGAAGAUUACAGGCUUAUCUGCCAAAUUGGCCUGGGCGGGUAUGGCCAGGUCCACAAGGCUCGCAAUCUCGUUACCAGUCGGGUGUGUGCCAUCAAGGUGAUACCAUUGGGCAAGAAGAAACUCCUGAAGCUUCUUGCUGAGCCCGAGCUCCAAUCGCUCAUGUCACACAAAAACGUAGCGGUGGUUUUGGGCCUCUAUUGCACGCCAACGCAUUUGAACAUUGUCCAGCAGUUCUAUGGCGGCGGCACUUUGCGGGAUCAGAUCAAGCUGGCGCCUCACUACCGGAUUGACCAGUCCUUAGCAGCGUGGUACAUCAGCCAAAUCGCCCUGGGGCUUAACCACAUCCAUAACCAAGGUGUGAUCCACCGAGACAUCAAGGAAAGCAACAUUUUCUUGCUGUCCAAUGGUGUGGUCAAGAUCGGCGAUUUCGGAAUUGCCGUAGCCAUCAACCCGCAUGAAGCAAAUACAGGGUAUGGCGGUACUCGGGGCUGGAUGUCACCUGAGAUGAUUCUGUCACAGCCAUAUACGUACAAAACGGAUGUCUGGUCGUUCGGUGUGGUAUGUUACAGACUCCUCACAGGCAAACGGCCGUUCCUUGCAUCCGACGGGGCCACAUACAGCGAGAAGAUCCUUGCCGGAGCUUAUCCCACCGUUUUCUCCAUGUCAACCCGUACUUACGAGUCAAUUUAA